CACGUACAAGCAUAUUACUCCGGGCAGGACUAGGGUUCCUCAGUUGCCAUCAUGUUGUUGGGAGUGUUGUUUCUUCUGUUCCUUACCAGCCAGGAGGUCAGUGGUUUCUGGGGGGAUGGGAGCCAGGAUCCUACCUACUCACACUUGGGUUUCUAUCAGAAGAACCUGACGUGCAACGACGCCGGAACCACGUGCCAGCUAUGCUACGUUGCGCAUGCUGAAGGAAAAGCUUUUUCGCAAGUGAUCCAAUAUACAACCGAACCCUACAAGUUGGAAUUCACUAAUUUUGCCGGACCUUUUGACACCAAAUACUCCAUCAUUCAAGACGAUCCAACCCAGACGUACCGACUGUGCUAUGAGCUCCAAACAGAGCAUUCUCAAAUGAGAAACAAGAGGCUCGUGAUUUGCCUGGAUACUCGCUUCCCUCCCGGUGUAAUGGUGCCGGACACCUGUGCCUCGCCCAUCGCCGUGGCCUCACUGCACGCUAACCAUGGAGACAGGGAGAUGAGGGGCCAACAGGUGUUAGUGUGUAAGCCUUAGUAAUCAGGGACGGUAGUGAAAGGGUUGCAGUUUUGACAACCCCCACCCAAAACAUUGGUCAAGGGACAGAUGAUGUUAAUCUAAGCCACAUGAUGUUACCCCCCCCCCCCGCAACACCCUUACACCUUCCCACACCCAAACCAAUCGAUUUCCUUGAUUUCUUACCUUGAAGUUGCUCUUCAACUAUUCGAUUUUUUUCUCCUGU